AUGAUAUACGAAGGCGAGGAAGGGCUUUUGAUGUUAUUCCCAGUACGUAAAGCAGGAUAUGAUGACGUGACACGAACGAGCCAUGAUAGUAUCGACCAUUAUCGUGAAGUAUCUAAUCUUCAAGUUGAAAUUGUUGAUCCAAGUAGCGACACUUAUAAAAAUGGUCUGGGAAUUGAAAGUUACCAGUAUUCCUAA